AUGAGCUUUAAUGUCACACAAGAGUCAACUGAUCAUCAGUUGCGGAAGUUAUGGGACCAGGACCUCAUCAGAGAAGUCGAUGACACCCAUUCUCCAGAAGACAAGGUGGUGAUUAAGAAGACGAAGAGUUCGAUAAAGAAGUUAUCAGACUGGUACGAAGUGGGGAUUCCUUGGCGUGAAGAACCUCCAGAUUUAAAAGAUAACAGAAUAGUAGCUGAGAGAAGACUUCGAUUACUUGAAGCCAGUCUGAUGAGGAGACCUGAAGUAGCCAAGAGAUACAAAGAAGGAUUUGAAGCGACUGUUGAGAAAGGAUACAUCAGCAAGAUACAAUUUGAGAAAGCACAAGAACCAGGGUUGUACUUGCCACAUUUUGCGGUAAUCCGUGACGACAAGCAGACAACGAAGGUGCGCAUUGUCUAUGAUAGUGCGUCAACCUACGAUGGUACAAGUCUUAACCAUAAGAUGUUCCCAGGCCCAAAGUUACAACGAGAUAUAUUGAAGAUCCUUUUAAAAUUUCACAUGAAGCCUGUGGCCUUAAUCGGAGAUAUAAAAGAGAUGUUUAAUCAAGUUAGUCUGGCGGAAAAGGACAGAAAGAUCCACCGUCUGUUGUGGCGCACUCUCGAUCCAACUGCUCCGAUUGAAGUUUAUGAAGCAACAAGACUGGUAUUUGGCGAUGCAGCAUAUCCGUUUUUUGCACAAUUUGCAACCACGCAUCAGGCCGAGGCAAUGCGGGAGCAAUAUCCGGAGGCAGCAGAGGUUGUACUCAAAGCAAUCUACAUCGAUGAUGUAAUUGACAGCCUUGAAGAUGAAGAAGAAGCCAGACGUAUGCGCCAUGAUUUGCAAGCUGUUUUGAAACCCGCUGGUUUCAUGAUUCGCCGCUGGUGCAACAAUUGA